UGAAAGUAUUGUGGAACCUGAACAUUGACGUAAAAAUUUUCCAAUAUAUCAGCGCGUUUUGAGAUUCAGAAGCUCGGAAUUUUUUGGCGCAUUGCUUAUCUUUCUCAAGUUGUUUGGGAUCCAUCUGUGAUCAAGUUUACCUUUCUUCAUUUUGUUUGUAGUUCUGGAAGAUUCGAAGGCGCACGUAACAACGUAACCUAAUUGUUUAUGUAGUUAUUUCAAAGUAGAGGAGGAAAUGGCGAACUCAAGUGACGAGUCUCUUAUUAUGACUUUACUGGAACAGAUCAGGGCUUUGGAAGAUGAGAGGGAUAAGGCUUUGCAGCUUGUUAGCGAGCUCGAGAAGAAAGUGAAAGCAGGCUCAAAGUCAGAAACAGACUCUCACGGAGUCCAAGGUAUCGACAGUCCGAGCGAGGAGUGUGAGACGAAACUUGAGAAAUUAAAGGAAGAGAACGAAGUUUUAAAAGGAACCGUUGAAUCAAUGGCACAAGCGGUGAUAUUCGAUCUCGAAGAAAUUCGACUCAAUGAAGAACAACGAAGAUUUAAUUUAAAAGAACUCAUUUGCGAGGAGCAGAAUCAUCAAUCCGAAGAGUCAAGCAAGGACAUGGAUGCUGAUGGUUAUAAGACAAUGUUGGACAUGUGUAAAAAGUAUUAUGGAAAAAUGGUGGCUGAGCUUCAGGACGAGAGAGGCUCUUUACAGCAGAAGGUUGAGAAACAGCAAGCUUUGCUCCUGGAAAAGGACAUGAAAAUUGCAGAACUGGAAUUGAAGCUACAGCAAGGUUCUCGAAAGUAAAAUAUGAUAAUUGCUUGAAAUACAUCUUUGUGAAAACAGGUUAGAUUUUGUAUAAUUUGAUACACGACACUCAGAGAAACCAAAGUUCAAAUGGGAUUCAUCAUUCAUAAGUUGCAUGGAGAUAAAUAUGGUUAUAAUAAUGAAAUAAAAUUAGGGGCUCCUGAUCAAGUUAAUUAAAAGAAUUUGAAAAUCAUGCUUGGU